CACACCUGCUCAGCAUCCAACUCAGUACUCAGUCGUGCGCGCGUCAAACAGGACGAUUACGGCGGAAAGUCUCGAGGAUGCUGGCUCUCUAGCGGUCUAGGGAAAUCGGAAAAUCGAAAGACGGACCCCAACGAACUACAGAUCGGGCCCAAAAACCGAAAUCGAGUCGAGUGAUAAAAGAAACCGCUGGGCAAAAAAAAAAAAAUAAAAAAGGAGCAAAAGAUAAAGCUAAGCAAAAAGAAAACCGAGCGCGCAUUAAGUGAUAAUAAAGUAGCGGCAAUCAUUUUAAAAAUUGUGUGCCAGCUUAUGCAAAUGUAAAAGUCGCUUAAGAGCCAAUUCCCAAAUAUUUCUCAAGUUUCGCCCCAAAGAAAAAAAAAUCGAAGAAAAAGCUAAGCAAGAAAAGCCGCAAUUUAAGUGUGCUGUGUGUGACCAAACAACUUACAAAGCCACCAAGAAAACCAAAAAAAAAAAGUAAAGGACCAAGGAAAAAUAAAUCUGAAGGAGUGGAAGGAAUUGUAAGCCGCAAAUGAACAGCGACAAAUGCUCGGCCCUCUUUUUUGCAGCACAAAUUAUGCAAAUGCUGCGCUAAGUGCGGCAAAAUGCUCGCAAUGCCAGCGACGACAAGCUACAACUACAACUACAACUGCAGAAAAUAAGCGGAAAAGCAGAAUUAGCAGCAGCAACAACAACAAGAGGAGUCCUGUUCCGCAGGAAUAGCAAGGAUAUAGCAAUAUAACAACAAGGCAGCACCGCCAGCAUCAGCAGCAGUAUCAACGGGCUGCAAAAUGCGCUUUGGCUUAAAGUUGAGCUGCCUUUGGCCAAGCUUUUUAUUAUGGCUAACAUGGAGCAGUGGCGGCGGUGGAGGUAGAUGGUGGGGAGUCAGCGCACAGCCAUCAUUAACCGAGAAAAUCCCAUUAGGUGCCAUUUUCGAGCAGGGAACCGACGAGGUGCAAUCGGCCUUCAAGUACGCGAUGCUCAAUCACAACCUGAACGUCUCAUCCCGUCGAUUCGAGCUGCAGGCCUACGUGGAUGUGAUCAAUACGGCGGAUGCCUUUAAAUUGUCACGACUGAUUUGCAAUCAGUUCUCAAGGGGCGUAUACUCGAUGCUGGGAGCCGUUUCGCCCGACUCCUUCGACACACUGCACUCCUACUCGAAUACCUUCCAGAUGCCCUUCGUGACGCCCUGGUUUCCCGAGAAGGUGCUUACGCCAUCGUCUGGCUUCCUCGACUUUGCCCUCAGCAUGCGCCCGGAUUAUCAUCAGGCCAUCAUUGAUACAAUACAAUUUUAUGGCUGGCGCAAAAUAAUUUAUCUCUACGAUUCCCACGAUGGUCUGCUGCGCCUCCAGCAAAUAUACCAGGGCCUGCGGCCCGGCAACGAGUCCUUCCAAGUGGAGCUGGUCAAACGCAUCUCUAAUGUCAGCAUGGCCAUCGAGUUCCUGCACACGCUGGAGCAGAUCGGCCGAUUCGAGAACAAGCACAUCGUCCUGGACUGCCCCACGGAAAUGGCCAAGCAAAUACUCAUCCAGCAUGUGCGUGAUUUGCGACUGGGCCGUCGCACCUACCACUAUUUGCUGAGUGGUUUGGUCAUGGACGAUCGCUGGGAGAGCGAGAUAAUCGAAUUUGGCGCUAUUAACAUCACGGGCUUCCGCAUCGUGGACACGAAUCGGCGGCUGGUCCGUGAGUUCUACGACAGCUGGAAGCGCUUGGACCCACAGAUGAGUGUGGGCGCUGGCCGUGAAUCGAUUUCGGCCCAGGCAGCGCUCAUGUACGAUGCCGUUUUCGUCCUGGUGGAGGCGUUCAACAAAAUCCUGCGCAAGAAGCCCGACCAGUUCCGGAACAAUGUGCAGCGUCGCAGUCAGACGCUGAUGGUGGCCCAGGCGGCGGCCUCCACGUCCAGCGAUGGCUACAACUACAGCGCCAGCGGUGGAGGUGGUGGCAAUGGUGGUGCGGGCGGUGGAUUCGCUGGUAGCGAUUCCGGAGGAUCCGGUGGCAUGGCCUCGCGAGCACUGGACUGCAAUACGGCCAAGGGCUGGGUGAAUGCCUGGGAGCACGGCGAUAAAAUAUCGCGUUAUUUGAGAAAGGUGGAAAUCGAGGGCCUAACCGGGGACAUCAAAUUCAACGAUGACGGCAGGCGCGUCAAUUACACGCUGCACGUCGUCGAGAUGACAGUAAACAGCGCCAUGGUCAAGGUGGCCGAGUGGAAUGACGAUGCCGGACUGCAGCCCCUAAAUGCCAAGUACGUACGAUUGCGUCCGCACGUGGAGUUCGAGAAGAACCGGACCUACAUCGUGACCACUGUCCUGGAGGAGCCCUACAUCAUGCUGAAGCAGGUGGCCUUCGGUGAGAAGCUGCACGGCAACAAUCGCUUCGAAGGAUACUGCAAGGACCUGGCCGAUCUGCUGGCCAAGGAGCUGGGCAUUAACUACGAGCUGCGCCUGGUCAAGGAUGGCAAUUACGGCUCGGAGAAAUCCAGUGCCCAUGGCGGCUGGGACGGAAUGGUGGGUGAGCUGGUGCGCAAGGAAGCGGAUAUUGCGAUUGCCGCCAUGACGAUUACCGCCGAACGCGAACGUGUCAUCGACUUUAGCAAGCCGUUCAUGUCGCUGGGCAUCUCCAUCAUGAUUAAGAAGCCAGUGAAGCAGACGCCCGGCGUGUUCAGCUUCAUGAAUCCUUUAUCACAGGAAAUUUGGGUGAGCGUCAUCUUCAGUUACAUCGGCGUGAGCAUCGUGCUAUUCUUUGUGUCGCGCUUCUCGCCACAUGAAUGGCGGCUCGUGCAACAGCAGCCGCAGCAAUCACAGUCGCCAGAUCCGCAUGCACAUCACGAACAGCUUGCCAAUCAGCAGCCGCCCGGCAUCAUCGGAGGUGCACCACUGCCCGCUCCCCCGGGACCACCCACACCGGGCGCCCAGACGGCAGCAGGAGCAGCUGCCCUGCAGGCCGCCCUCUCCGCCGGAAGUCCCGGUUCCGGAGGCUCCUCCUCGGCGGCGGUGAACGAGUUCAGCGUGUGGAACUCCUUCUGGUUCUCGCUGGCCGCCUUCAUGCAGCAGGGAUGCGAUCUGUCGCCGAGGUCCGUGUCCGGACGAAUUGCAGCCGCCUCGUGGUUCUUUUUCACCCUGAUACUCAUCUCCUCGUACACGGCCAACCUGGCCGCCUUCCUCACCGUGGAGCGAAUGGUCACGCCGAUCAAUUCACCGGAGGACCUGGCCAUGCAGACGGAGGUGCAGUACGGCACUCUGCUGCACGGCUCCACGUGGGAUUUCUUCCGGCGCUCCCAAAUCGGACUCCACAACAAGAUGUGGGAGUACAUGAACUCGCGCAAGCACGUCUUCGUGCCAACCUACGAUGAGGGGAUCAAACGUGUGCGCAACUCCAAGGGCAAGUACGCCCUCCUGGUGGAGUCACCCAAAAACGAGUAUGUGAACGCCCGCGAGCCCUGCGACACAAUGAAAGUGGGCCGCAAUCUGGAUACAAAGGGAUUUGGCAUCGCCACGCCGCUCGGUUCGGCGCUCAAGGACCCCAUCAAUCUGGCCGUGCUGACGCUAAAGGAGAACGGCGAGCUGAUCAAGUUGCGGAACAAAUGGUGGUACGAGAAGGCGGAAUGCAGCACCCACAAGGACGGUGAGACCUCGCACAGCGAACUAUCGCUGAGCAAUGUGGCCGGUAUAUUCUACAUCCUGAUUGGCGGCCUGCUCGUCAGCGUGUUCGUGGCCAUCCUGGAGUACUGCUUCCGCAGCAGGGAUUCGCGUUCCGCGUCCAGUGGUUCCGGCAUGGGCUUGGGCAUGGGACUGGGCGGCGGCAUGAGUGGCGGCAGUCUGGGUAAGGCCAAUGGAUCCAUGAUGUUGGGUCCGUCGAGCGCCGUGCCCGGCGGGAUGCCGUCCUCACAUCAAAGGAGCACGCUGACGGACACCAUGCACGCCAAGGCGAAAUUGACCAUUCAAGCGAGUCGCGACUAUGACAACGGACGCGUCGGGUAUCUCAAUUGCGCCUCGUUGCAGUACUAUCCGCCCGCCCAGCUCUCGGCCACGCCCCCCGACGCCGGGGACUCCCUGCACAUGAACGCCCACGGGCAGGUCUGACAUGAGCAUGCGCAGGAGUCGCGCCUCUGACGCACUCCCUGCGCGCCCACGAUCCGCCGGAUAAUGGCCAACAGCCGCCAGGAGACGGAGAAGAUGAUGGGCGGCGGUCACGGCGGUACAGUGACCGUAUCCGUUCCGGCCACCUGCUCCAGCAGCAUGAACGGCAGCCACGAGGGCAGUCUCACGUUGUCGCCGAGCAGCGGGAGUGCCACACUGAUGCGCCACUCGCCGGACAUCAACCAGCAUCCGUAUGGCAAGUAAGUGCUCGGAUGGGUUGUUAGCUAUAAGGACACCUAGUCGUAAGUGCCGCAAACCAACCACACGCAAUAACACAUCGGCAGAAGCUUAAAAAACGCUGCAUACUUUAAGGCGAGCCAUUUUGCACAGGAGAUUUAUUCUACAAAUUUUAAAUUUGAAUAAAAUUUGGCAAUUUUGGCAUUAAGAAAAAAAUUAUUUAAAAAUUAAACCACAUUUUUAAAAAAUGACAAAUAUUUUUAUCAUUACCCAAGGCCACUUGUUAUUAGAAUGUAAGCUUUAUUCAAAAUCAUUACCCAGUUUCGAAAAUGCGUUGAAUUUUUCAUGCAACGCAUUUAAAUCAUUUAAUGCAAAAAUGUGUGCGUUAUUGAAAAGUGCAAGUAAUUUGAAAAUUAAACCGUUUUCAAAAGUGAAAAUGCGAGGAAAUGCGCUGAAAAAUGCAUGGCUCGCGUUGAGAACAAAAUUGAUGGUUAUUAAUUUGCAAUAAGUGCGCAAGAAUUUCACAAUAAAUCUCAUAGCCGUGCGAUGCAGCAAAGUAUGUAGCUUUAUUUAUGCGGCCGCAUUCAAAUAAUUGCGCUGCGCAAUCAUUUGGCAAACAAAUUUUUUUAGAGCCUGUCGGCAGGGCAAUGCAAAUGAAUGGUAUAAAUUAUUGCAUUACUGUUAACAGUCAGCUGAGCUGAGCUGAGCUGGGGAGGAUCGGAUUGGAUCGGUUCGGUUUGGUUUGGAUGAGAUGCAGUCAGGUGGAGUGGUGAAAUGAGAGGUGCGAGGACAAACAAGCAAAUGACAACAUACAUGAGGCGGAAAGGACAACAUGACAAACACAAAAUAACCAUAAAGACACACACACACACAUAAAUAAGCGGCCAGCUGCAUACUUACAUAUAUAGUAUAGUAUGUAUACACGUAAACACUGCAAUUCAUUGCAUUCAAAUGACUGAUUAAUAUUUUUAAUAAACAAAAACAACAAAUGCGCCGCAACUCAAUAGCUAAAAGGAAAAAUUGCGAAAACACGCACAAAACAUGGGAUAAGUGUUCAGUUUUUUUCCACCUCAAUUAUCAUGGCAGGAUUUGUUGUCGCAUAUUUGUUUAUAAUUAAAUUACAGAAAAUACUGGCUAGCAAAAAAAGGCUAGGUAAUGAAUACAAAGCGAGUGUCAGGCGGGGGCCCGAACACAAAUAUUGUAAUAAAUUAAUUAGCGCUGAAUAAAGAAAAUAGUUUAACUCAUAGUUGGACUCGUGGAUUCAGCAUAAACAAGUGGAAAAAAUCAGACAAGUGGCUAAAUAGCAGAAUUUUAAUUAAAUUUAUUUUAAUUGAAAUUGUUUUGAUUUCUGAGCUGCGCGAAGUGAGAAUAAUUUUCGCAGAUUAUUACAUUUUGCUAUUUUAAAUCCACUUUUGUUCUAACCAGAUUUAUUUAACUAUUUUUUACUCCUAUCCUGAUGGGUGUCAUUUUGUACUCCGCCCCUCCCAGUGAGUAGUUACUAACUAUUAGGAUAGGCUAGUUAUAGUGUUUGAAUUGUGAGGCAAAUCAAGCAACAACAAAUGUCGCAUACUUCCGCAUUGAAAUUGGGCAAAGCAAGCAGGAUGUAGCUGUAAUUAAUAAUUGUAAAAACUAAUAAAUAAAACCGACUCUAACUGUAGUUAAAUUUUAGCAUAUUUAGUAUACUUUGCAUUGGCAUGGAUCACGUUCUUAAUUGUACAUAAAACAUGCGAAAUAAUUGGGCAAAAGUUGAACACUAAAAACAAUAAGAGGAAAGGAAUGCGAGAUACCAUAACAAUGAUCAAGUCAUAUCAAAAGGCAUUCAAAAUGGUACUAAUAUUAUCCAAGCUAACAUAACAAGUUGAACAAACCUUUAAAUCCAAAAAUACUUAAAACUAUUGUAAAAUAUUUAUGAAUUUAUCGUUGUUAGCUCAAAAAUUGUGUGUGCAUAAAAUUGAUUAGAGCAUUUAUUUUUAAAACCAUUUAAUACUUCGGUUUACGCUUCCCAUUCCUUAUGGUUUUUCGGGAUGGUUGGGUGUGCCGGUGCCUAAAUGUUUUAUAAGCCAGGCGGGGAGACUUCAAACAACAACUGUUGCAGGUGAAUUGCAUUUAAACUCAAUUUUCGUUAUUUAAUCUAUGACAAAAUCAAAACGAAAAUCAAACAAAGCCGCUAAAGUGCAUAAAUAAAUUUAAUAUCAAUAGUAAACAGAAAAUUCAAAUAAAACUACCGAGAUAUAUGUAUGUUCAAGUGCAAGAGUAAAUACCUAUAAAUAUAAAUGGUAAACUGUCUAAACAAAUAAGUAUUUAUAUAUACAUAUAUACCGAUGCGUUUGCAAGUGGAAAACUAGAAAUGUGUUGCUAGAGAAAGGACUACGAAUCAAAUCAGAUAAUAAAAAUCCAGAGACAGAGCCAAAAAAAAAAGGAAAAAACUCAAUUGACACCGCCAAACAAAAAACAUGGGCAUUCAUGCGAAUUUUGCCCCCGGCAACAUGACUACAAUAUUAAAGAAAUCAAAAUACAAUUAGUAUUAAAAUGCAUAGCCGUAAGUUAAAAUCAAAAUUUGAAUAUAACAAAAAUGUACUUUUAUUUUAUAACACUUUCACUUAAAUUGAUUAAGUUCUGACUUUUAGCCCGGGAACCUUUUGAGAUGCCAAUUUGAAUUCGCCCCCUCCAUAUAGUCUUGCUUAACCACGUGUAUAAAUUUCCAAUUUAUUUGUAAAAUAUUACCAAAGUAAAUACAUGGAAAUGAGCAGCCGUCGGUCAGAGCGGGACAUUUGAUAUAUUUAUUAACAUUUAGCAAACAUAUUGUUAUCGAAUUGCAUUUAACUGCCCGAAACCGAAGUGAAAGCAUAAUGAAAGCAAACAAAGAUGGUAAAUAAAACUAGCAUAAUAAUAAAUAUUUUAAA